AUGGUUAUGGGUUGGAGAAUACUGAGGAGAGGGAAAAAGAAGAAGAUGCAGCAACGCAAGGUGGAGGAGGUGGUCACUCCCAACCACUUCCGGUGCCCGAUUUCUCUGGAGUUGAUGAAAGAUCCGGUCACGCUCUGCACGGGCAUUACAUACGAUCGACACUCCAUAGAAACGUGGUUUGACCAAGGCAGCUUCACAUGCCCCCUCACCAACCACAUCGUCUCCAACUUCGAUCUCAUUCCCAACCACACGUUGAGGAUCAUCAUCCAAGAUUGGUGCGUGGAGAAUCAACACUCUGGCGUUCAAAGAAUCCCAACCCCGAGAGUACCCAUCACCCCAAUCCAGGUACACCAACUCCUUCUCCUUCUGCAUGCCAAGGCCUCGCGGCUCGACCAACACGCCUGCCUUGAAUCGGUGCACAACAUUCAGAGAUGGGCUGCGGAGAGCAAGAGAAACAUGCGUUGUAUAGUGGAGAAUGGAGCACCAACUGCGUUAGCCUCUGCGUUUCAUGCGUUUGCUAAUGCUAGUGUGAGUGACUCCAUGGAGAACAAUGUCUAUGUGAGUGUGCUUCAUCAGAUUUUGUCGGCUCUCAACUCCAUGUUUCCAACCGAAUUCGAAGCUCAUAAUCAUUUGGGGUCUCCACCUUCUUUACGUUGCAUGGUUUCGUUUCUUAGGCGACAGGAUCUCUCGGGGAAAGAGAACUCCAUUGUCGCACUCAAAGACCUUCUUUCUUUUGGUCAUCAUCAACACCUCGAGGCUUUGGCGCAAAUUGAAGGAAUUAACCAACUUUUGCUCGAAUUUCUUAACCAAAGAAUUUAUGGUCCAACCAUCGUGAAAGCUUCCUUGGCGGUAGUCUGGUAUUUGGUUUCGUCGUCCUCUCCUUGUAGCCACAAAAUGAGAUUGAAGUUUAUUGAAUUGGGUAUGGUUUCUUUGGUGCUCGACAUUCUCGUUGACUCGGAAAAGAGCCUCUGUGAGAACGGUCUCGCUGUUCUUGACUCCCUCUGCGCUUGUGAAGAAGGAAGAGAAAAAGCUUAUGGUAAUGCGUUGGCGAUUCCUCUUCUGGUGAAGAAAUUGUUGCGAGUUUCAUCGUUGGGCUCGGAUUACUGUGUUUCUUCCAUUUGGAAGCUAUGCAAAUUUGGAGAAGAAAUGGUUCUUCUGGAGGCCCUGCAUGUGGGUGCAUUUCAGAAGCUUUUGCUGGUAUUGCAGGUUGGUUGUGGUGAUGAGACGAAAGAGAAAGCAACCGAACUUCUCAAAUUGCUCAAUCCUUACAGGGAUGGCGCAAUAGAAUGCAUUGAUUCGGAUUUCAAGAACCUUAAGAGAUCAAUUUAA